AGAUAGGUAAAUUUUCCGGGAAAUCAGCUGUUGGGAAAACGCAUGCUCGGUUCGUCUGAAGUAAAAUGGUGGUUUUGUCUUAGAAAGGAAGAAAGAAGCCAUAUAAAGUUUCUAAAAAUACUUGAUUUAUGAACCUAAAUGCCUUACGAUAUGUCAUCUAAUGCAGAAAGUCCAGCCAAUAGACUCAAGUCUUACAAAAACAAAGCACUAGACUCACAGGAACUCAGACGAAGGCGUGAAGAGGAGGGGAUCCAGCUCAGGAAACAGAAAAGAGAUGAACAGCUUUUUAAAAGGAGGAAUGUUUCCAUGCCAACUGGGGGUCCAGAGGAUUUUGCUGGAGGAAAUAUCCAUGACAACACAGUUAGCUCAACCCCAUACACCGGAGGCAUUACUCAGGAAAUGAUCCAAGUGUUGUACAGUGAAAAUGUGGAGGAACAAGAAGCAGCCACACAGAAAUUUAGAAAACUCCUCUCCAGAGAACCAAACCCACCUAUAGAUGAAGUGAUUCAGACAGGCAUUGUUCCCAGAUUUGUGGAAUUUUUACAGAAAGAUGGCAACUGCUCUUUACAAUUUGAAGCUGCCUGGGCCCUGACAAACAUAGCAUCAGGAACCUCCCUACAAACCAGAGUGGUGAUAGAAGCAGGUGCUGUGCCAAUAUUUAUAAAAUUACUGGCAUCAGAUAUAGAGGAUGUACAGGAACAGGCUGUAUGGGCUUUAGGGAACAUUGCUGGAGACAGUCCGGAGUGUAGGGACUACGUACUGAAUGAAGGCAUUCUGGUCCCCCUGUUACAGUUAUUAAGCAAAAAUACAAGCAGUUUAUCUAUGACAAGGAAUGCUGUAUGGUGUUUAUCUAAUUUGUGUAGAGGAAAAAAUCCUCCUCCAGAUUUUGCAAAGGUAUCUUCCUCGUUGCUUGUGUUAUUAUGGGGCCAUAAUUUGGCUGUGCUGUUCCACACAGACAAGGAUGUGCUAGCUGAUGCAUGCUGGGCAUUAUCUUACCUCUCUGACGGUCCCAAUGAAAAGAUUCAGUCUGUGAUAGAUUCAGGGGUGUGUCGCCGACUGGUGGAACUUCUCAUGUACACACAUCAGAGUGUAGUCUCUGCGGCCCUCAGAGUUGUUGGAAACAUAGUUACUGGAGAUGAUUUUCAAACACAGAUUAUUUUGAACUGUUCUGCCCUGCCGUGCCUGUUACAUUUACUCAGUAGUUCUAAAGAAUCAAUACGCAAGGAGGCAUGUUGGACGAUUUCAAAUAUCACAGCAGGAAACAGAAUGCAAAUACAGUGUGUCACACUCAUUAUAAGGUUUUUGGUAGACCAGGACUGUAUUCCUCCUCUAUGUGAUUUACUGACAGUGAUGGAUGCUAAAAUUGUACAGGUGGCUCUUAAUGGGCUGGAAAACAUUCUACGACUGGGAGAGCAGGACGCGAAGAAUCAUAAUGGAACAAAUCCUUAUGCUGUCUUAAUUGAGGAAUGUUAUGGUCUAGACAAGAUAGAAUUUCUACAAAGUCACCAGAACAGAGAAAUCUACCAGAAAGCUUUUGACAUGAUUGAGCGAUAUUUUGGAACGGAGGAGGAAGACAAAGCAGUAGCCCCUCAACUGGAUGAAAACGCUCAGCAGUACGAAUUUAACGCCCCUGCUGAAAAUGUUCCGAUGGGUGGUUUCCAGUUCUAGGAGGUGCUGUUGUAUUGGCUAGAACUGUUGAGAUAUGGUGAAGGAGGAUAAAGAGUUACAGAGCAUUAUGAAAGACAUUGUCAUCUCAUAAGAACAAUCUGGUAUUUCUACCUCCGUGUAGAUUAUUUCAUCGCGGGUUGGGGAUGUUAAGAGGCAUUUCAAAUAAUCAAUUUUGUUAUCUUUCAUACAGUGAAUUGUAAAAUUUAAUUCAAUUUAUUUUUUUAAAAGAAGGCCUACUGAUGGAUUAAUCUGGCCCUGUAAAAUUUCUUUAAUACUGAUCAACGUGAAAUGGAACUCGGAAAUUUUCACAUCUUGUGAUUGGUCUUCAACAAAACUACUUUGUAGUUAAUGCUUAAUAUUUGAAAGCAAAACCAAAUAAUCCAAAAUGUUGACAACAGUUUCAAGAGAGAAUAUUUAAUUAUAUUUUAUAAGUAAACACUUGAAUGUAUAAAGUUAUUUGUGAGCAAAUGUAAAAAUUUCACAGGUUCAUUUGCCCAGUCUUUCUUAUUUCAGAACUAUUGAGAAAUAUGACAGAUAAUAAGAGUACUUAGUUUAACUUGGAAACUGAUCAAAUGCUGACAUUUUAUUAAAAUGGAAAUUUUCAGGGCUGCAUUAUGCAAAAGAGAAUCAAGAUUUUUACUUAGGAUACUUAGUUUCCACUGGUUCUUCAGAGUAAACAAUUUCAGAGCAUGGAGUUAUCACCCCCGUUUCUAAACGUAAAUGUUUGUUGUUGUUUUAUGUAAGAAAUUAUUUUUUAAGUAUCAUGCAGAUUAUGUACCUGUUGUGAUUUUUUGGAAUGUUUGUAUUCUUAUAUGGAGCUUAAUAUAUUCAUUCUGUUUCAUUCUUUAACAUUGGUAUUUUUCCUGUUUUUUUCUCUCUUCUCUGUUUAAAAGCCCUGCAUACUGCAUACUAAAUGUUGUUUUGGUUUCCAUUUAUUUUUCAGUUCUUUAUAAACUUCUGUUAUUAUAUUAAAUUGUCAUACAGAAUCUCUGUGUCAAAUGACAGCUCUUUUAGCAAAGAUUUUUUUUUUUCAAAACCCAGUGAUUUAAAAGUAUAUUAAUUAGGCCCCUUCUCUCCUAGGUUAGAUUUCCUCUGCUUUUUAUGUACAUGGGAGUAUAUAGUUAGGUUAUCUUGUACGUCUCUGUUUGUAUUUUUACCUCACAUCUCUGUCCUUGUAGAUAUCCUAUUGGGAUGUAAUGAUAUAUGUAUAUCAUACUUGAUAACUUGAUUACAAAUCUGUAUUUGUAUGUUGAUACUGUUUGAAAUGACAAAGGAAUAUGACAAUAUCUUGUUACCAAUUUUAGAGUCACUUUUUGUAUGUUAUUUCAACAUGUUGUUAGAUUUAAUAAUUUCUUUUGAUUAUAAACAAUUCCAAAGUUCUUGCAGAGGUAUUUUUAAGCUUUCUUUUUUGUCUCGAUGCACAAUUAUUUUUGAACAAAUAAGAACUAUGUCAGAUUAUUCGAAGCCAAUGAAAUACUUGUAUUUCACAGAAUUAUAAAAGGUACAAUAAUUACAAUUAUUUUUUAAUGUAAUGAAAGUUAUGAUAAUUUUCUCUAAUAUUAAUUUGGAAGCUGGAUGUGUAUCAUUUUCUUUGAAUCUUAAUUUAAAUAUGGUUAGUGUUAAGCAUCUCUUUUGUAUUAUAAUAAGAAAAGAUUUUGGUUUGUUAAGUAAUAUUUGUAUAUCAUUACAUCUCUUUUGUUUUGUAAAUAUGCCAAAGAAGUUAAACAAAAAGGUCAUAUGAAAACACAACUUAUAGAUAUAACUUUUAGGAAAGGAAAAAUGAAAUUUGAAUGACUUAUUGUCACAUGUCAAAUGUAUAUUUACACAACCACAAAAACAACCUCCGAUGAUUACAGAAUACAUGCUGAGAAUUAUCAGCCACACACACGCAUGCGCCACUGCCAUUCUGUACAAAUCAAGGACAAUUACACAUGUAUUAAACAUGAAAAUAUUUGCCCUAUAUUUAUACUCUUUGCCCUCAGGAUUGAGUGUUCAUGAUUUCAGAGUAAAGCCCCAAGAUCUCAACUUUUUUUAAAUCGCCCUGUUGUGAAGGGCAUGCAAAAUUGAGUUUCUUUUUAUAAUUGUUAUUUUUUUUUCAGUUGCUAUGAUAGCAAAUGGUGCUUUUUAUAUAAGGAUGAAAUUUUCUUAUUUUUGUUAAAUCUUAAUGAAGAGUGAAUGGAAUUUCUUAUGAAAAAAAUCCAGUUAUUGAGAUAGGCAUAAUAAAGUCAAAGGUCAUGUAAGACCUCAAUGUCAAAGCUGCUGACCCAGGUAGAAGGGAUCAAGAUGUAAAUGCCCAGCGGUCAAAGAAGAGUUUCUGCCCCUUUAGAAGGUUGUCAAACAACAGUGCCCCCUGUGAAGUAAAUGGUUCCAUUGGGAGGGGGGUCCUCACGGACAGUAAACAGUUCCAUGGGAAGGGGGGUCCUUCAGGUCGGUGAACACUACCCCAGGGCCCCAGAUAAAAAUAACACACGUCAGGGAAAGAAAAGUUCCCAGUAACAUAACACCAAACGCACACAGAUGACAUUUUAUUCCACACUGUCAAUUGUCAAGUCAAACGUGUGACCAUUUAUUAUGAAUAAAUCAUUAAACCUC